GAUUCUCUACUCUGUGCCAGCCUCUGGCUCUGUCGCAUACAGUUGUUUCCCAAAACUGACAAAAUUUACUGCCACGUUGUAUCGGCGAGUAGUAGUAUCGAACAUUGCUCUUGCCCCAGCUAGAGCUAGUCCAAAAGUUUUCCGGCAUAAACCCUAAAUCAUGGUCUGAUUUGACGAAGAAUUUAGUUUAAUUCCACUCAAUUUACACCACCAGUGACACUCGGGCAUCUAAACAUUUGAAAUAUGCUCGGAGAUGGAGGAGAGAUGCCUUCCAGGUACGAAUUGUUGAGCAUGGUGAAGAAGCACUCGAACUCGUUAGGGAGAACCGUAGCGGACGAACCGCCUAACGACGAUGCUUCCGAAGACGUCGAAUUUAAUCCGCGCUUUUGGCAUGAUGUCUUCGAUUUAUACUUUGUUCUAGGCAAGGAGUCCAGGGGACGACAGGACGACGAUCUUCUAUUUUUCGUCAGAAAAUUGAGUUCGCAAGGAUAUGGUGUCAUGGAAGCUGUUGCUCCUUACUUUGUACGUAGGUGGGCGGCUAAGUUGGAUAUGGUAGUCGGAGAAAGUUCUGUUGAUGUGGAUUGGAGGCGCUCAUUUUACUUGAACUUGAUUGCUCACACUUCAUUCACUGUGACAGUAGCAAUUUGUAGUCAUCAGGACCUUCAGAAUCAUCAAGCUGGGCAAGAUAAACCAUUGCUACCUAUAUAUAAGGUUGUAAAAACUGUUUAUGCAUCUCCAAGUCGUGUCAACUUUCUUUUGGAUUCCAAAAAGGAAGUGGAGACAACACCUGCCUAUCCAGAUAUCUGUUUUGCAGUGGAUGACUUUGAUUCUACUUUUGAUGCAAUGGUCUUGACAGAGACAGACCACUGCUUUUGUGUACUCCUCAAUGCUAAUGAUGGGGCAGCAUUUCCUAGUAAUGAUGCAAAUCAUGCGGCAACAUCUUCUAGUGAAAAGGAGCUACAAGAUUGCAGUUCCCGCAAUAAUUCAUCUUCGAGAGUUGAUAUGACUUUAACCAAAAGUACUAAGCUUACUCUUUUCUCGGGAUUUGUGAGCUAUAAAAUGGUUUGCAACGCAUAUGAUGCUGGAAAGUCUCGAUUCAGGAACUUUCUGUCACUUGGACAUUCCCCUGGAAAAACAGACAGACUAUACAUGAAAGGUCCUGGUGGACGUGGGGAAGUUGAAGUUGCUGUUUCUGGUGUUGUAGGUGUCCCUGGAUAUGCUACCCAACUUGAUUCUAAUGGGUUUCAUUGAGGAAACCUAAUUUAAAAUGUGGCAAGCCUAUAGGAAACUGUGGCGAGUUUUACAGGGAAUUUGGGCAAUUUUUGACCUUCCUCUCAGCCCAGCAUUCAUUGCUUUUGUGCAGAAGGGUCUUUUCUUCGUAGUGGUGGCUGCAGCCUUUUUUAAUGAACCAUGGGUACCACACGAGUUGUCAAUUUGAAUUUCUUGAGUUCUUUUUUAAUUUUCAACGUGGAAUGUUAUUUGCAGAUCCUAGUUUUCAUUUUUUGGUUCUGGGCAUGACUAUUGGGCAGGCUGAUUGGGUUUCUGUUUUCCAUUAUUGAUUGUGAUCUGUUUCAAGUUCAUACUCUACACACCAACUCAAGUUUGGCUUGGGUUCUGAAUGAGAUAGAUAUUCUAAUGGGGUUCAGGCUUGGAAGGCUUCCCAUUCCAAAUCCACCCCAUUUCAAUCCGUACAUAGAACACAUGUUAUUCUUGGUUUCCUGAUUGGUUUUGUGAAGUAGGUGUUGUGUUUUUCAAACGAUUUAUAUUAUGAAGUGAAGGGUCUAUUCAAAGAU